UAACCCCCUUAGUCUUGCUAAUGGUUCUUUCCAGUAAUGGUAGCAUCAGCGUGGUGAAGGUGAAGGCAGCGUGUAUAAACAACGGAGAAGGAGUGAGCACUUAAACGGUUACAUGUUGUAACAGCUACCCGUGAAUCGAGAUUUGAAGACCUUUUCGCUUGACCCGUCGGAAAACAGGAGAGACUCUGUAACACAAUGCCCCAUCGAAAGAAGAAGGCAUUUAUUGACAAGAAGAAGGCUGUGACCUUUCACCUCGUCCACAGGAGUCAAAAGGAUCCUCUGGCUGCAGAUGAGAAAGCGCCACAGCAUGUCCUCUUGCCUGCCACAAAGGUGGAAACGGAGAAGAGGCGUGAGGAGCAGCGGAAAUUUGGCGUAUUCUUUGAUGAUGAUUAUAACUACCUUCAGCACCUGAAGGAGGCGUCGGGCCCAUCUGAGCUGGUGUACUCUGACAGACAGCCUCUUUCCCUCCAAGGUGAAGAGGAGGAGAAUGAGGGGGAAAAAACCGUGCACAAGGACAAUCCUGCCGCCUCCAUCAACCUGCCUUCUUCAGUGUUCGCCUCAGAGUUUGAAGAGAAGGUGGGACUUUUGAACAAAGCUGCUCCUAUUUCAGGACCCCGGCUCGACAUGGAUCCGGACAUUGUAGCUGCGCUCGACGAUGACUUUGAUUUUGAGAACCCCAACAACAUCCUGGAUGAUGAUUUCAUCAUCAGAGCAAACAGUGGGACUGGAGCUGUGGAAGGAGACGGUCACGAUGAUGAUGACGAGUGGGAGGACACAGAUGAGGAAGGCGACUUUGACUCUGAAGGCGGUUUUUCCAGCAACGAGGACACAGAAGGGGACGGCCGAGGUCGAGAGUUUCUGUUCAUGGACGAGGAGACGAAGAGUCGCUUCACUGAGUACUCGCUGACUUCGUCUGUGAUGAGGAGGAACGAGCAGCUCACCCUGCUGGACGACCGCUUUGAAAAGUUUUAUGAACAAUUUGAUGAUGUUGAGAUCGGUCCGCUGGACAACGCUGAGCUGGAAGGGUUCAUCGAACCAGACAGUGUUCGUCUGGAUGAAGUCCUCAAAGACUACUUCAAACAGAAAGAGAAGGAGUUUCUGAGGCCGGAAGAUUUAGGUCCCAAGGAGCUUCCUGUUGUGAGGGAGGAGGAGGAAGAUGAGGAUGAAGAAGAAGAGAUGGAAACCGUUGUUGUUGAAGCUCCAGAGGAGAAGUGGGACUGUGAAACAAUCAUCAGUACAUACUCCAACAUAUACAACAGACCCAAAGUCAUCGAAGAACCUCAAAAGCCAAAGCCGAUCCGUGUUUCCAGUAAGACGGGCAUCCCUCUAGAUGUGCUCCCAGCCAGAGGCCUCACAGCCAAGCAGGCAGAGCGCAUGACGAGAAUUAACGACACAGACCUGCCUCGUGUCUCCGCUCAGCCUCGAAGCAAAGAGGAGAGCAAAGGAGAGAGGAAGGCCAGGAAACAGGCUAUCAAGGAAGAACGUAAGGAAAGAAGAGUUGAAAAGAAAGCCAAUAAAAUGGCAUUCAAGGAGGAAAAAGCCCGACAGGAGAAGCAGAUGUUGAACCUGAGGACAAAUGUUCAAGGCCUGAAGCUUUAGCAGCUGCCCGCCAGGCCUGUGCCGACACUGACUUUUCAACUGGUCACAUGUUGCUCUUCACCUCAGUGGAGCUGACAGAACAGGAAAUCUUGGCAAAUGAGAGGUCUGAGGGGAUGUUGGGAAGUAUUGGUUUCCCCAAAUCAUCCAAUUCAUUCAGGAAAGAGCAAAAAUUGAAUUUCGUCUCCAGUAAUCCGGCUCAGGAUAUCGUGCUGUCGAAGGAAUACUGAAGGACAGGCUGUCACGCUUCAGUCAUGCCUGUCAAAUAUGAAUUUUGCGCCUUUAUUAAAAAUACUUUAAUCCAGCUUUCUGAGAUUCUUUCUGUAAGUCUUGUCAUGCUGUACUUUUACCACAGGUGAUAAGGUGGAUGACUCAGUGGCUGAUUCUGUGUUAACCAUAUCUAAGCAGCAAUAUUAAUUUUAUUAUGGUUAUUAUCAUCAAUUU